AUAAAACAAAGAAGUGUCUCGAUAUUAUUUAGUUUUCAAAUGUUAUUGUUAAUGUGAUACUUAGUUUUCGCUCAUUACUUAGACAACGCUUUAAUUUGUGAACUGUUAAAAAAUGUUACACGCUGAAAAUGAAUAUACCUACGAACGAAUAACAGAAAUAAAAGAUUUUAUAAAAAGCAAAUGUGACAUUGAUCCAAAAGUUGGAAUAAUAUGUGGAACUGGAUUAGGCUCUAUCGGAGAACUCAUAACAGAUGCAUUUAUUUUGGAUUACAAAAACAUCCCUUAUUUUCCAAUUAGCACUGUAGAAGGACACAAAGGAAGACUUAUAUUAGGGUACAUAAAAACCGUACCAGUCAUCUGUAUGCAAGGCAGAUUCCAUUACUAUGAAGGCUACUCUCUAUCAAAAUGUGUAAUGCCCGUGAGAUUGAUGAAGCUCCUAGGGGUUACCCAUUUGAUAGCAUCAAACGCAGCCGGUGGUUUAAAUCAGGAUUUCAAAAUCGGAGAUAUAAUGCUGCAAAAAGAUCACGUUAAUGUAAUGGGGUUUUCCGGUAAUGGGCCAUUGGUGGGUUUGAACGAUUUAAGAUUUGGACCCAGGUUCUUUUCUAUGGUCAACGCGUACGACGUUGACUUACUAGAAAGUGCUAAGAAGAUUGCCGAAGAACUGGGAUUAAAGAACAUAAAGGAAGGCGUAUACACUUGCGUAGGUGGCCCCACCUAUGAAACGGUAGCCGAAGUACGCGCUUUAAGGUCCAUGGGCAUCGAUGCUGCGGGAAUGUCAACCGUUCACGAAGUAACAACUGCAAGACACUGCGGGAUGCGAUGUUUCGCAUUCAGUUUAAUCACCAACAUUUGCCCAAUCGAUUAUAGUACUGCCGUAGAAUCGGAAAUACAUUCAAAUGAUGUUAUUGAAGUUGCCAUGUCGAAAGAUAAGGAUUUGAAGUUGUUUGUUGAACGUAUUGUGCAGUUUAUUGGCAAAAAUGAUUUGAAUAGUGUGAAAUAAAG